AUGAAGAACUUCAGCAUGAAUAAGAUGCUAAGCAGCAUCAAGAAAAAGCCGACAUUCUCAAAUGCAGGAAGUGGAAGUGGGAAUGGAAACGGCGACGACGCGACAUCCGAUCCGACUGGUGAUGGUCCCGAGGCAACGGCAACCCGUUGUGUGAAACAAUUCUGUAUGUCUGAUAGUGGCAACUCGGGUGACGAAGUCGCUUUCCUACCAUCGAUCGUCGAGGCGGCCGAGUCGUCGCCGGCCGCCGCCGCAGAAUGCGCCCGCCUGAUUCGAAAAUACUUACAUCGUGACUACUGGACUAAACCCUCAUUGCAAUACAACGCCAUCAUGCUCAUACGAAUCCUUGCCGAUAAUCCGGCUGCGACCUUCACGCGAAACAUGGAUAAGAAGUUUGCCGAUACCACCAAAGAGCUGCUCAGGUCAGGGAAGGACGGCAAUGUUCGACAGUUGCUCAUGGAGACAUUGGAUGCCUUCGAAAACACAAAGGGCUACGAUGAGAACCUGCAAUUCCUUAUCGAGAUGUGGAGAAGGGAGAAGGAAAAGGCAUACAGGGUCUACGGCUCGCUCCCGAACCAGCAGGAAUAUUUCCAACGCGCCCAGCACACCUCCCGGCUUCCAGACCCCGUCGAACUCGCCAACCGCCUUGAAGAAGCUCGCACCUCCGCCAAACUUCUCGAGCAAGUAGUCGCCUGCACGCCACCCCAUGAAAUCCUUUCCAACGACCUGAUCAAAGAGUUCGCGGACCGGUGCACGAGUGCCUCGCGCAGUAUCCAGGAGUACAUGUCCGCCACGGACCCCGCCCCCGACAACGACACGAUGGAGAGCCUGAUCGACACCAAUGAGCAGCUGCAGCAGUCGCUGAACCAUCACCAGCGCGCGGUACUGAACGCCAAGAAGCAGCUAGGCUUGGGCUCCCCCGGCUCCGAGAGCAUGAGCAGGCCAGGCUCGGUGGCGCCGGUAGUGAACGAGCAAAGCCGGCCACCUCCGGCGGCGGCGGGCACGAGUAAUUCUAGAAAUGAAGGCGUCCAGGACUGGUUGGCAAGUAGUAGCGCGGCUGCAGGUGGAAGUGGGAGUGGAAGCGGCAGCGGAAGUGGUCGGGGCGCCGGCGUUGGCGCCAGCAGCAGCAGUAGGGGGAAAGGCAAGGCCGCAGCUACCUCGUCUGACGAUAACUGGGGCUUGAGCGACUCCAAGUACGAACCCAUCUCUUCCAGGUCUAUAGCUGGUGGAUCUUCCUCCGCCGCCGCUGCGGGGCCUUCGAGGUCUCACACGGGAACGCCGUAUCGUGACGAAGAGGACCCUUUCAGGGAUCCGAUCCAGCCUGAUUCUUCAGCGUCUUCGAUGCGGCGAGUACAACCGUCAACGUUGAACACGACGAAUGUGGGAAAUAAUGAUGAAAGAUUGUCGUUCGAGCCAUAUCACCCUGGAUUUGGCGGUAGUGGUCACAACAAUAGCACGAGCGACGGGAAAAGCAUUAAUGACAACUACAGUUACAACUCAUCGUCGGCAUACGAUUACAUGGGGGUUGGAGGAGGUUCGGGUACAGGCGCUGGCGCCGGGAAAGCGAGCAACUCGAUACCAGAGCCUGUCACGCCAGUUAGCGACGAUGGGUUGUACGGUAGCGGGGAUGUGCAUCGCUCGACCGGGGACGCGGCUCCGGGAGAAGAGCACCAGAACGACGAACGAGGUGAUGAGCUG